UACGCAUUAUGACCUAGCCCUCAAUCGUCUCCUCUACUUCUGCCAAUCGCCUCCGCUGCCGCCGUCGCACCGUCGUAUCGCUGCUCCAUCUGACCACAGAUCAUUAAGAAAACGACAUCGUACACCCAAUCGCUCGUUUUCAGCCUGGAACACUUGCUACGGCGGAGAGGGAGUUUUGGAGUCAAUGGAGAAGUCAUGAUGAUGAUGGUUGUUUAUAAAACAUGCGUAUGAAUGUAACAAGACGACAGACACAGACAAAUAUGAAUGCUAAAAGUCUUGAUGGAUCUAUAGAAAAGGAUCUAGCAUAUAUUUGAAUGCGUGUUUGUAUCAAGGUAGAGUGGGGAAAGAAUGGAUUCUAGCCAUGGUAAAAAGAGAAUGAAUGUAGAAGACAAUGAUAGACUAAGCAACUUGCAAGAUGAGCUUAUCCAUAAAAUUCUUUUUUUUAUUGAUAUCAAACAUGCUAUUCAAACGAGUGUUUUGUCAUCGAGAUGGAGGUUUAUUUGGACUUCAAUGCCUUAUCUCAAUUUCUCAAGGGACGACUUCUAUAGGUUACCCAAGUUCUCCGAAUUUGUUACACGUGUUCUCUCUGGCCACGAUAAUCAAACCGAAGUGUCUUCAGUCAAGCUUAGUAAUUUUCAUGGAAAGGAUAGCGAUGUGAUUGUCGAACAAAUCAUGAAGUAUGCAUUCUCUCACAAUAUCCAACAACUGAAUGUUGCAUGCUUGCCUCAGAAGAAUGUUGAAUUCCCUCCUUUUCGCUUUAGUUCUCGGUCUCUUAAACAUCUUAGUUUGACAAAUAGAAGACAACGAUAGACUAAGCAACUUGCAAGAUGAGCUUAUCCAUAAAAUUCUUUUUUUUAUUGAUAUCAAACAUGCUAUUCAAACGAGUGUUUUGUCAUCGAGAUGGAGGUUUAUUUGGACUUCAAUGCCUUAUCUCAAUUUCUCAAGGGACGAUUUCUAUAGGUUACCCAAGUUCUCCGAAUUUGUUACACGUGUUCUCUCUGGCCGCGAUAAUCAAACCGAAGUGUCUUCAGUCAAGCUUAGUAAUUUUCAUGGAAAGGAUAGCGAUGUGAUUGUCGAACAAAUCAUGAAGUAUGCAUUCUCUCACAAUAUCCAACAACUGAAUGUUGCAUGCUUGCCUCAGAAGAAUGUUGAAUUCCCUCCUUUUCGCUUUAGUUCUCGGUCUCUUAAACAUCUUAGUUUGACAAAUAGAAGACAACGAUAGACUAAGCAACUUGCAAGAUGAGCUUAUCCAUAAAAUUCUUUUUUUUUAUUGAUAUCAAACAUGCUAUUCAAACGAGUGUUUUGUCAUCGAGAUGGAGGUUUAUUUGGACUUCAAUGCCUUAUCUCAAUUUCUCAAGGGACGACUUCUAUAGGUUACCCAAGUUCUCCGAAUUUGUUACACGUGUUCUCUCUGGCCGCGAUAAUCAAACCGAAGUGUCUUCAGUCAAGCUUAGUAAUUUUCAUGGAAAGGAUAGCGAUGUGAUUGUCGAACAAAUCAUGAAGUAUGCAUUCUCUCACAAUAUCCAACAACUGAAUGUUGCAUGCUUGCCUCAGAAGAAUGUUGAAUUCCCUCCUUUUCGCUUUAGUUCUCGGUCUCUUAAACAUCUUAGUUUGACAAAUAGAAGACAACGAUAGACUAAGCAACUUGCAAGAUGAGCUUAUCCAUAAAAUUCUUUUUUUUUAUUGAUAUCAAACAUGCUAUUCAAACGAGUGUUUUGUCAUCGAGAUGGAGGUUUAUUUGGACUUCAAUGCCUUAUCUCAAUUUCUCAAGGGACGAUUUCUAUAGGUUACCCAAGUUCUCCGAAUUUGUUACACGUGUUCUCUCUGGCCGCGAUAAUCAAACCGAAGUGUCUUCAGUCAAGCUUAGUAAUUUUCAUGGAAAGGAUAGCGAUGUGAUUGUCGAACAAAUCAUGAAGUAUGCAUUCUCUCACAAUAUCCAACAACUGAAUGUUGCAUGCUUGCCUCAGAAGAAUGUUGAAUUCCCUCCUUUUCGCUUUAGUUCUCGGUCUCUUAAACAUCUUAGUUUGACAAAGGAAAAUUUCUUAUCGUACCAAAGGAUAUAUUCUUGUUCAUAUGUCUUUAAAGCAACAUCUACUUGGGAGCUCCCUGUCUUAACAACAUUGUAUCUCGAUGGUGUCACUUUGUGUUGUGAUGAAAAUACUGAUAAGUGCAUUGAUUUUUUCUCCAAGUGUGCAAACUUGAAGAAUCUUACCUUAAAAAGUUGCUAUACGAAGGGAUUUAAGGGUUUAAGUAUUUGUCUUCCUCUCCUAUCUAAUCUUACACUUGAAGAUGGUUGUGGUAGUGUGAAUGUUUUCAAUAUUGUUGCACCUCAACUCAAGAACCUCAAUAUAAGAAGUGUGUUUACGCAAGACCAUCAGUAUCUGAUUUCUGCACCCGACCUUGCAUUCUUGCUCUAUGAAGGAUUAGUUAAUUUAUCACUUUCGACACACGGUUUCCUUUCUUUGGAGAAGGCGGAUAUUUGUGUAUCUUAUCCAGACGAUGCUCAUCAAGUUCUACGUCUGCUUCAACUACUUCACAAUUCAAGUCUCUUACACUUAACUUGGAAAUUGUUGAGCUUCUUUCUUCAUCCGUGGAACUGAUGUGUCAUCAACCUUCUCCAUUUGUUAACUUAAAGAGUUUAAAGAUUCAUCCUGUAACAGAAUUUUCACACAAUAGUGGAAAGAUGUCUGCGGAAGUCAAAAGCUAUUUGCUAGAUAGUUCUACAGGUGCCACCUUAAUGAUGGUUUCGCGUGAGGUAUCAUAUUUCAUUAUGAACAUAAUAUUAUUAAUUACCAUAC